AUGACUACGACGACUACUGCUGCUACUACCCCUCCUGCAGCCCGAGUCUCUGUCUCCUCCUGCAGCUGCGAGGACUACAUCUCCAUUGGCCAUCCCUGCGGAAGCAGCGCAAACAGCAACAGUGAAGAAAUGAUGAUGAAACCCAUUUUGGCGGAACGGUACAAAACGAAAUUCUGCCGUCAUUUCAUCGAAACUGGUGUUUGCCCGUAUGAAUCCCGGUGUAUGUUUGCACAUGGGGAGAUGGAAUUACGAACGGCGGAGAUGAAUAUGAGGGAUGGAUUAUUUACAGAAGAGGCCAUUCGGGCAUUCCGUCAACAACAAUGGCGACGAACCGCAGGACUGCGGCAUUCACACUCUCAUUAUAAUUAUCAUCGCAGUAGUAAUAAUAAUAAUAAUAAUAAUAAUAGUUAUUAUUAUAAUGAUAAUGAUAUCAUCAGUGCCUAUAUGAAUGGAUAUGAUUAUAAUACCCCUAUGCCUCUUCCUCUUUCCAGCAGUGAUAGAGAUGCCUAUGGGUAUUAUUCCUAUCCACAGAUGCAGGCGUAUGAAGGAUCCUCCUCAUCCUCUUAUUAUAAUAAUAAUGAUUAUAAUUAUUAUAAUUAUUAUUAUUAUUAUUAUUAUUAUUAUUCAGAUCCUUCCAUGUAUAAAGAAGGAGAAGAAGUGCCGUAUGUGUAUACACACAAUCCAUACGCGUAUGAUCUUUUAUCGCCAGAGAGCCGUCUGUACAGUAAAUCACCCGCAAUGCCUUUACUACCAGCACCUCAACAAGAACAAGAAGAAGAAAAAGAA